AUGCCAUUGUCUUUGACUCAAAUAUUUUCCUCUAGGGCACUCCUGCGGCUCCUGGUGUCCUACCUACUUUUGUGGGAGAAUGUGACCUCUGCCCCCACCUGUGUCAAGAGGGAUGGGGAUACCCAGAAGUCCUUAAGGAGACUGUUUACAUUGGCCACCUUUAUUUCUCAGAUCACCAGUAGACAAGCUGCAAAUCUGUUCACCGAAUUUGACAAACAAUAUGCCCAAGGCAAGAGGUACAAUGACAGGAUCCCUGACACCUGUCCCACUGAUUUUCUUGAUACCCCAGGAAACAAGAACCAAGUUCUAGAAAGCAAACCAGAAGUUCUACUGAAACUGUUAUGCAAUCUACUGUAUUCCUGGAAUGACCCUCUGAAUCAUCUUGUGAAAGAAAUGUCUGCCAUGCCAGGAGACCCUAAUGCUAUCCUCGCCAAAGCCAGAGACAUUCAGGGAAAAGUUGGACAACUCAUGGUGGGAGUUAAAACAAUACUCCGUGAGAUUGGAGAGAAAUAUGAUAAGAGCUACCUUGUCUGGUCUGGCCUGGCAUCCUUGAAGUCAAGCAAUGAAGAUGUUCGCUGUUUUGCCUUUUAUAACCUGAUCCACUGCCUGCUCAGAGAUUCCCGCAGAGUAAACACUUUUCUUGAGGUCCUCAAGUACCAAAUUAUCCAAGACAAAUGCUAA